GAAACAAAGACACAGGCGUUAUAGAGAGGCAACGAGAGGGAUUUCUAAAAUCGGAAACGCCGGAGAUAUUUGCAGAGAGCGAUAGUAUGUCGUACGUCGUUGGAUUAACUUCUUCUCAAGAGAGUAAAGGAAACGAACGGCGGGAUUUGGUCGACGGAAUGAAUCUAACGGCUUCGAAUUUGACACUCCAGUCGGAGACUUUACUCAGAGCGGCCGUUUCUCUCAAGGAACAGGUGGUGGAGUUCACGUGGAGUGGUGGUCGUUGUACGGACGGCGCUGCGAAUGUUGAUGCUACGGUGUACACAGGACUGCUCGGUACUGCUUUUACGUGCCUGCGGUCUUACGAAGCUACAGGCAGCCAACAGGACCUGCUAUUGUGCUCCGAUAUCGUCGGCGCGUGCGCUUCCGUCGCACGUGCUUCUAGGCAUGUGACAUUUCUGUGUGGUAGAGGAGGAGUUUACGCACUUGGUGCGGUGGUUGCUAAUUAUACGAGGGACCAGCAAAGUCGUGACCUUUUCUUGAAUCUGUUCCUCGAGGUAGCACAAGAAAAGGCCCUUCCAAUUGGUGCAGAGGAAGGUGGUUUCGGAAUGUCAUAUGACCUUAUGUACGGGAGAGCUGGUUUUUUAUGGGCUGCUUUGUUCAUAAACAAGCACCUUGGAGAAGAGACAUUGCCUCUCGGCCUUCUUAUGCCAGUAGUUGAUGCUGUGUUAGCCGGAGGCAGAGCAGGGGCAUCUGAUAACACAGCUUGCCCACUGAUGUACAGAUGGCAUGGAACUAGAUACUUUGGUGCAACCAACGGGCUUGCUGGAAUCUUGCAUGUUUUACUUCACUUUCCUCUCUCUGAACAGGAUGCUGAAGAUGUUAAGGGGACUUUAAGGUAUAUGAUGAGUAAGAGGUUCCCACAUAGUGGAAAUUACCCCUCAAGUGAAGGAAACGCAAGGGACAAGUUGGUCCAGUGGUCUCAUGGUGCGACUGGAAUGGCCAUCACCCUUUGCAAGGCAUCCCAGGUGUUUCCAUACGUUAGAGAGUUUCGUGAUGCUGCUAUAGAAGCAGGGGAGGUUGUAUGGAAUAGUGGGCUAGUGAAGAAGAUAGGGCUUGCUGAUGGCGUGGCUGGUAAUGCCUACGCCUUCCUUUCCCUCUAUCGUCUUACAGGAGACAACAUAUACAAAGAGCGAGCAAAUGCAUUUGCAAGCUUCCUUUGUCAUAACGCGAGACAGCUUGUAACCAUGACACAUGGACGAGGAGAUGAGCAUGCCUACUCUCUUUUCCAAGGUCUUGCUGGAACAGCAUGCCUCUGGUUUGAUAUGCUAGCGCCGGAAAAGUCCCGGUUCCCAGGUUAUGAGUUUUAGUGUGAAAAUGAUAGCCGAAAGCCUUUACCUUUCAAGGGAGAAAAACAUAGUCUAAAAUGUAUAUAUGAAAGUGGCUUAUUGCUCUUAAUUAAAGUUUGUAAUGAGCGAGGCUGUAUCUCAGGCACAUUCUAACAGAGGUUACUUGAUGAAUUAAUACUGUAUGUUGGCAACUAGGUUGCAGAAGAUUCUUGA